CAAUCACCGUGAAUCGUAAUCAGCCAGCCCGCCGCCGAUUUAGUCGAGUCGCAAGCAUUUGGCGGAGCGGUCCACGGAGCAAAAUGUCCAGAGGCAGUGCUAUCGACUUGACCGGCCUAUCCGCGGUGCAGGUGAGCGAGUGGCUCCAAAGUUUCGACACGGUUCUCUGCGAUGGCGACGGCACAAUUUGGCAGGAUGACACGGCCAUCGCGGGUGCUCCCGAGGUGGUGAAUGCCCUGCAGGAUCGCUUCGGCAAAAAAGUGUACCUGAUUACCAACAAUGGACUGAAGACGCGGCAGGAGCUGUUUGAGCGCUCCCAGCGCCUUGGCUUCCAUUUACCCAGCGACCGACACAUCUUAUCGCCUACGGCAGCCAUCGCCGACUAUCUGGUUGCUAGUCCGCAAUUCGACAGGGCGCGGCACAAGGUCUAUGUGGUGGGCAAUGCGGCCAUCGCUCGGGAAUUAAGGCAGCACGGAAUCGACAGCUUUGGAGCCGGAGGAACAGAUGAACUGCCUCCGGGCGACAAGUGGCCGGACUUUGUGGCACGAGAGUUUGGAAACCCAGAGACGGCGAGGGACGUCGGCGCCGUGGUGGUCGGCUGGGAUGAGUACUUCAGCUACUGCAAAAUGGCCCGCGCCUGUCACAUUCUCUGCAGUAAUCCCGACGCCGCAUUCUUUGUUACCAACCGGGAUGCCGUGCACAAGUAUCCGGCCUUCUGUAUCCCCGGCACUGGGGCCUUUGUGUCCGGAAUUGAGGCCUGUUCGGAGCGGGAAGCCCUCGAGAUGGGCAAGCCAAACCCUUUGGUGCUUGAGCCCCUAACCAAGGCUGAGAAACUACGUACCGAACGAACGCUUAUGAUUGGUGACUGCCUCAAAAUAGAUGUCGGUUUCGCCAGCAAUUGUGGCAUGCUAUCGCUUCUGGUGGGCACGGGUCGAUACAGUAAUCUCUCGGAUGUCCAGCGGGAAAAAGACAAGCUGGCCCAGCCAGAUUUUUAUCUGUCCCGGCUGGGCGAUCUGCUGACCCUUUUGUGAGCCAUAAAUCCAAGCGACUCCCGUGCAGCAAUCUGCUCGUUAUCAACUUCUUAAUUCGACUUUUAUUUGGCUUUAGUUGGUGUGUUUACACAUAGUUGUACAUAUUGUUCUGCCGGCAAGUAACAUUCUCUAAUGAAUACUUUCUUUACAUACAUAUAUAAGAGUGGGUGAAAAAUUGUUGGGCCUGAAAGUUAUCUAUGAACAAAACGGCUUUAAACUGUGUAUGAGAAUAAAGUGUGUAGCAAAUAAAUUUUGAAAAACGGCAA